AUGGCGCCCAUUGUGGCUUGCUCAGCCAAGUUCCGAACAUUGUUCCUUUGGUUGGAUGAACUACGGGUCCCCGUCGGCUUGCCGCCCGCCCGCCCCUCAGGUGAAGUCGCAAUUUCCAAACCCCCCUUCCACACCGAGGGUCCCCCAUGCUGCAUUAGUCCCGUCGGCGUGUCGUCGUCGUCGUUGCUUGCCGACGUCCGCUCCCCCUCUUUUAACCCACACGGCCAGCCCGUCGGAUUUACCGCCGCCCAUCGGUCAGGACAGGUGCCCCAUCCCCAGGUGCUAGGGUACAGCACGUACGACCUGGGCUGUAGGUAG